AUGUCUACUGAACAACCUUUCAUUGUAUGUGCAAUCCAAUAUACUCGUUUAAUUGCAUUGAUAUUAUCAGGAUGGGUCGUCAUUGCCUCUCUUAGCCAAUAUAGCCAUGUUAGUCUCUCGUUUUUCGCAAUCUUUGCCGAGGAUACCCAGACCCUGUCCACCCAUCCACUCACUCUCCUCCAAGAAGCCGUCCAAGAUAGACGUCUAAUUUCUACCCUUGUGGCUGUCCAAGCAUCGAUCGUAUGCCCGUUCUUUUUGCUCUAUAGUCAAUCGGAAGAUUCAGAACGACCAUCGGCCUACAAUACUGCAAUUAAUCUUGUCUUUCAGUUCUUCCUGCCUCUCGGACUAUCCCUAAGCUGGCUAUUCUGCGUAAUGUUCGAUAAGAAAAUCACGGUUGCUUUAAUCAACAGUGUAAUAUACCAAGAGUCUUAUCCUUCGGGUCCUCCGGUGUGUGAGAUUGCACAAUGGAUGUCAAUCCAUUGUUCGAGAGAUUGCUCUAUUGUUUCUGCUGCGACACAAGGCAGUAAAUAUGCGUUGAUCGCUGUCUUCCUAUUAGAAGCCGCUUUUGUUUGGAUUGCUAUCUUUCAACAUGGAGCAACGAUGACUUUGGGGGCCAUUAGAUUGCCAGUCCAGGGCGAAGAAGGUGGCGACGAUUCCCUAUUACCAGCCUCGAAGGAAUAA